AUGAAAGAUAAAGUGGCCAGUCCAGAGAAAGCUGAAGAAGCAAAACUAAAAUCAAGGUAUCCUCACCUGGUACAGAAACCUGGAGGUUUCAAUUGUUUUAAAGAAACGCAGAAAGGGCAAAAAUAUUUUGAUUCUGGGGAUUACAACAUGGCUAAGGCAAAGAUGAAGAACAAGCAACUGCCUACUGAGACUCCAGAUAAGACUGAGGUCACUGGUGACACAUUCCCACUCCACAGGACGGACCUUCCUUAG